GUGUUUGCAGGGCUCCUCAACCAAUCUUGUACAUCCUGGAGCAAAAUAGACUCCGAGGUGGUUGAAAGCGGGAGAGCGACCCAUCUCCCGGACGCCCGAGAAGCCACACUCGGAGCCCGACGGGCCGAAUUCUCGCGAGAGCGGCCGCCGCCAUUUUUCCAUUGAUUGCAGCGAGCUGGGGGAGGGGCCGACGACGAAGGCGGCGGCAGCGGCGGCGGAGCCCUGGUUAGGUGUCUGCGCGCUGGUGUCUGAGGCCCAGCCUGAGGCCUCCGCGAUCGUCGGAGCGCGGGCGGAGGAGAGGAUGACCGCCGCUGCCGUUCUCUCCUGAGAGGCCGCCGCCGACCCGCCACCCUCCCCCGGCAGGGCGGAGAGGAGCGGCCCGGAGUCAGAGCGAUGGUGCCCGGCGAGGAGAACCAGUUGGUCCCGAAAGAGGCCAUUAGCAGGGGGCUGAAUUGGAAGUGGUGCAGCUGGGGCAUGAACUGGCAUCCAACUGGAAUGUUUGCAUCAUAGAGGAUGUGUUUUGGAGAUGCAGACAAAAUAUCUUUGAUGAAAUGAAGAAGAAAUUUUCACAGAUAGAAAAUGCUGCUGAAGAACCUAGAGUCUUAUGUAUAAUACACGAUAUUACUAAUUCGAAGACAGUGAAUGAGCGGAUCACUUUAAAUUUGCCAGCUUCUACUCCAGUCAGAAAGCUCUUUGAAGAUGUGGCCAACAAAGUAGGCUACAUAAAUGGAACCUUUGAUUUGGCAUGGGGAAACGGAAUCAGUACUGCUGAUAUGGCUCCACUGGAUCAUACCAGUGAGAAGUCUCUUCUUGAUGCUAAUUUUGAGCCAGGAAAGAAGAACUUUCUGCAUUUGACAGAUAAAGAUGGUGAACAACCUCAAAUACUUCUGGAGGAUUCUAAUACCGUGGAUGACAGUGUUCAUGACAGGUUUAUAGGUCCUCUUCCAAGAGAAGGUUCUGUGGGCUCUACCAGUGAUUAUGUCAGCCAGAACUACUCCUACUCGUCUAUUUUGAAUAAAUCAGAAACUGGAUAUGUGGGAUUAGUAAACCAGGCAAUGACAUGCUAUUUGAAUAGCCUUUUGCAGACACUGUUUAUGACACCUGAAUUUAGGAAUGCACUAUAUAAGUGGGAAUUUGAAGAAUCAGAAGAAGAUCCAGUGACAAGUAUCCCAUACCAACUUCAGAGGCUUUUUGUUUUGUUGCAAACCAGCAAGAAAAGAGCCAUUGAAACUACAGAUGUUACAAGAAGCUUUGGAUGGGAUAGCAGUGAGGCUUGGCAGCAACAUGAUGUACAAGAACUGUGCAGAGUCAUGUUUGAUGCUUUGGAACAGAAAUGGAAGCAAACAGAACAGGCUGAUCUUAUAAAUGAGCUGUAUCAAGGCAAACUGAAGGACUACGUGAGGUGUCUGGAAUGUGGUUAUGAGGGCUGGAGAAUCGAUACCUACCUUGAUAUUCCACUGGUCAUUCGACCUUAUGGAUCGAGCCAAGCAUUUGCUAGUGUGGAAGAAGCAUUGCAUGCAUUUAUCCAGCCAGAGAUCCUGGAUGGCCCAAAUCAAUACUUCUGUGAACGCUGUAAGAAGAAGUGUGAUGCACGAAAGGGUCUUCGGUUUUUACAUUUCCCUUAUCUCCUGACCUUACAGUUGAAAAGGUUUGAUUUUGAUUAUACAACCAUGCAUAGAAUUAAAUUGAAUGAUCGAAUGUCAUUUCCUGAGGAACUGGAUAUGAGUACAUUUAUCGAUGUUGAAGAUGAGAAAUCUCCUCAGACUGAAAGUUGCACUGACAGUGGGGCAGAAAACGAAGGUAGUUGUCACAGUGAUCAGAUGAGCAAUGAUUUCUCCAAUGAUGAUGGUGUUGAUGAAGGAAUCUGCCUGGAAAACAAUACUGGAACUGAAAAGAUUGCAAAACCUGGACUUGAAAAGAAUUCCUUGAUCUAUGAGCUGUUCUCUGUUAUGGUUCACUCGGGGAGUGCUGCUGGUGGUCAUUAUUAUGCUUGUAUAAAGUCAUUCAGUGAUGAGCAGUGGUACAGCUUCAAUGAUCAGCAUGUGAGCAGGAUAACACAAGAGGACAUUAAGAAAACACAUGGUGGAUCUUCAGGAAACAGAGGAUAUUAUUCUAGUGCUUUUGCAAGCUCUACAAAUGCAUAUAUGCUGAUAUAUAGACUGAAGGAUCCAACAAGAAAUGCAAAAUUUUUAGAAGUUGAUGAAUAUCCAGAACAUAUUAGAAAUCUGGUGCAGAGAGAAAGAGAAUUGGAAGAACAAGAAAAGAGACAACGAGAAAUUGAACGCAACACAUGCAAGAUAAAGUUAUUCUGUUUGCAUCCUGUGAAGCAAAUAAUGAUGGAAAAUAAAUUAGAGGUCCAUAAGGAUAAGACCUUAAAGGAAGCAGUGGAAAUGGCUUACAAGUUGAUGGAUUUGGAAGAGAUAAUACCCCUGGAUUGCUGUCGCCUUGUGAAGUACGAUGAGUUUCAUGAUUAUCUGGAACGAUCAUAUGAAGGAGAAGAAGAUACGCCAAUGGGACUUCUCCUAGGUGGCGUCAAAUCAACAUAUAUGUUUGAUCUGCUGUUGGAGAUAAGGAAGCCUGAUCAAGUUUUCCAAUCUUAUAAACCUGGAGAAGUGAUGGUGAAAGUUCAUGUUGUUGAUCUAAAGGCAGAAUCUGUAGCUGUUCCUGUAACUGUUCGUGCUUACUUAAGUCAGACAGUUACAGAGUUCAAGCAGCUGAUUUCAAAGGCCACCCAUUUGCCUGCUGAAACAAUGCGAGUAGUACUGGAACGCUGCUAUAAUGAUUUGCGUCUUCUCAGUGUGCCCAGUAAAACUCUGAAAGCUGAAGGGUUUUUUAGAAGUAACAAGGUGUUUGUUGAGAGUUCAGAGACUUUGGAUUACCAGAUGGCCUUUACAGACUCCCAUCUAUGGAAACUCCUGGAUCGGCAUGCAAAUACAAUCCGACUAUUUGUUUUGCUACCUGAACAGUCUCCAGGAUCUUAUUCCAAAAGGACAGGAUACCAGAAAGCUGGGGGUGAUUCGAGUAAUGUGGAUGAUGAUUGUGAAAGAGUCAAAGGACCUGCAGGCAGUCUGAAGUCUGUGGAAGCUAUUCUAGAAGAAAGCACUGAAAAACUCAAAAGUUUGUCACUGCAGCAGCAGCAGGAUGGAGAUAACGGGGACAGCAGCAAAAGUACUGAGACAAGUGAUUUUGAAAACAUUGAAUCACCUCUCAAUGAGAGAGACUCCUCCACAUCAGUGGACAACAGAGAACUGGACCAACAUAUUCAGACUUCCGAUCCAGAACAUUUUCAGUCUGAAGAACGAUCAGACUCAGAUGUGAACAACGACCGGAGUACAAGCUCAGUGGACAGUGAUAUCCUUAGUUCCAGUCACAGCAGUGAUACUUUGUGCAAUGCAGACAGUGCCCAGAUCCCCUUGGCUAAUGGACUUGAUUCUCACAGUAUCACAAGUAGUAGAAGAACUAAAGCAAAUGAAGGGAAAAAAGAGACGUGGGAUACAGCAGAAGAAGACUCCGGAACUGAUAGUGAAUAUGAUGAGAGUGGCAAGAGUAGGGGAGAAAUGCAGUACAUGUAUUUCAAAGCAGAACCCUAUGCUGCAGAUGAAGGUUCUGGGGAAGGCCAUAAAUGGUUGAUGGUGCAUGUUGAUAAAAGAAUUACUCUGGCAGCUUUCAAACAACAUUUAGAGCCCUUUGUUGGAGUUUUGUCCUCUCACUUCAAGGUCUUCCGAGUAUAUGCCAGCAAUCAAGAGUUUGAGAGCGUCCGACUGAAUGAGACACUUUCAUCAUUUUCAGAUGACACUAAGAUUACAAUUAGACUGGGGAGAGCACUUAAAAAAGGAGAAUACAGAGUCAAAGUGUACCAGCUUUUAGUCAAUGAACAAGAGCCAUGCAAGUUUCUGCUAGAUGCUGUGUUUGCUAAAGGAAUGACUGUGCGGCAAUCAAAAGAGGAGUUAAUUCCUCAACUCAGGGAGCAUUGUGGUUUAGAGCUCAGUAUUGACAGGUUUCGUCUACGGAAAAAAACAUGGAAGAAUCCUGGCACUGUGUUUUUGGAUUAUCAUAUUUAUGAAGAAGAUAUUAAUAUUUCCAGCAACUGGGAGGUUUUCCUUGAAGUUCUUGAUGGGGUAGAGAAGAUGAAGUCCAUGUCACAGCUUGCGGUUUUGUCACGCCGGUGGAGGCCUUCGGAGAUGAAGCUGGAUCCCUUCCAGGAAGUUGUACUGGAAAGCAAUAAUGUUGAUGAACUGCGAGAGAAGCUUAGUGAAAUCAGCGGGAUUCCUUUGGAAGAUAUUGAAUUUGCCAAGGGCAGAGGAACUUUUCCCUGUGAUAUUUCUGUCCUUGAUAUUCAUCAGGAUUUGGACUGGAAUCCUAAAGUUUCUGCCCUGAAUGUCUGGCCUCUUUAUAUCUGUGAUGAUGGUGCAGUCAUAUUUUAUAGGGAUAAAACAGAAGAAGUAAUGGAGUUGACAGAUGAACAGAGAAAUGAACUCAUGAAAAAAGAAAGCAGUCGACUCCAGAAGACUGGACAUCGUGUAACGUAUUCCCCUCGUAAAGAGAAAGCACUAAAAAUAUAUCUGGAUGGAGCACCAAAUAAAGAUCUGACUCAAGACUGACUCUGCUAGUGUAGCAUUUUCCCUGGGGGAUUUUUGGUUUGAAUUAGAUGGUUCACUACUACUGCGUAGUGCCAUUACGGCCGGACAUGGUUGGGGUAACCCGUGACACCAGCACUGAUUGGACUGCCCUUCACCAAUCAGAAGCUCAGUGCCCAAUGGGCCACUGUUUCGACUUGGAAUCAUGUUGUGCACUAUAGGCAAAUUUACUGUAAAGUGAAAAGGGAUGUGCAAAAAUUUUAAAAAUACAAAAACAAAAAGCAAAACUGCUACUAGAAAAGGGGGAAGGGGAAAUGAGCAAACUUCUUUUAUUGCGGACAGAUGUGCACAUAGCUGCUGGUAAAACUAGCCUCAAACAGGAUCUCAUAGCUUAAUAAUAAAAGCUGUGCAAAGGCCAUGAAUGAAUGGAUUUUCUGUUUAUUUCACUGAUACACACAUUACCUCAUUGAUAAUUCAGAAGUUAAUGCAACAUGUGUUGACUCUUGGAAAGCAGCAAAAAUAAGAACUGAAGAAAAAAAUUCUUAGAACCAGCCGUAACCUAGAGAAGAAUUGUGAAGUUGUGUUUUUAUUUCAUUUCAUUGUUUGGAGAGUAUUAAGAACAUAAUUCUGGAACAUCAGUUCAUUUCCCUUAGACCACUUGCAGCAGGUGGCAGCUACAGUUGCUGUGGUGUUGUAAUUAUACCUGAUUGUACUUAAGUUAUGGAUGUAGAGAAUAUGUUUGACACGUUCAUUCAGCAUGUAAAUAAAAUGAUCCUCUUGAGUUA